AAAUUCGUGGAUAAAGUCUGAAUCAAUCAAUCAUAUGAUUUCAAAACAACUAAUUUUGACAUAGCGCACCGAGGGACACGUCAUCUACUUUCUGUUAUAAACUUUAUUUUCAUUACUUACUACAUAAUUAUGUAUGUCAUUUUUGUCUACCGUAAAUAACAAGUCCAUUGAAAGUAUUCAGUAAUUGGAUAUUUAUAUUUUAAGGUUAUAUUUUUCAGUGGAAACGCAACGAUGUCUGUAAUACUGGAGAAUUUUUGUUAUAUUCUUAAUUGGUCAGUCGUUUUAAUAUGUUUAUUUCUGAAAGUGCCACAAAUGAAAUCUUGUUUCGGAUCAAUGGAUACAAAUGGCAUAAGCUUACAGAGUGUACUUUUAGAAAUGCUUGGGUACUCAGUUUUGUUUUGCUACAGUUUUGCAAUGGACUAUCCGAUAAGUUUGUACUUGGAGCAAGGACUUUUACUCGUGCAAAACAUUUUCAUACUAGGCCUCAUCAUCUACACACGGAAACUUCUAUCGACAAAAUUAUUCUAUAUUUUUGUUAUAUAUAUAAUUAUUUGUUAUUGCUUAGCGUUUAGGCUGGUUCCGGAAUUGAUCUUAAAAUCAGCUGUGUUUACAAAGACACCUCUUGUAGUUAUGAGUAAACUAUCUCAAAUAAGAGCGUUAUAUAAGAGUAAAACUCCAGGAACGUUGAGUGCAACAACAUGGGGAAUGGCAGCAUACGGUUCCUUCGCACGACUAUUUUCAAGUUUGGUGAUGACAAAGGAUUGGUUACUUUUAUUAAACUAUACGUGCGCUGGUUCCUUGAGCUCUACUGUUGUUGCUAUGAUUCUCUAUUACACAAAGAAGACACACAAACACAGAAAUGACUGAUUAACAGCGUUGUCAUAUUUCGCAAAGUAAAAGAAAACUACAUUGUUCCUUUUUGUCAGAAUGGGUCUAUAAUUUCAUUUAACCAAAAUCCUGAUAUACAUUGAACGAUGAGACAGGUGAAUAAACGGAUUCAACAACCAACAAUAUAUUCAUCUGCAUAUAAACACAUUUGUAUCUGA